UUUUCAACACACAAUGUUAUGUUCUGUUUAAAAUCUUAGUCUCGAGGUUAUUCUUAAUUAACGUAUUCUAAAGAUUUUGCAAAUUUCAGGCUCGAUACUCAUAAAAUAUAUUCUUAGAAAAAAAAAAUAGUGUAUUUCCAAAUAUAGACAUUACCAAGGUGUAAACUUGACCUGUAGAAUAUGCCGCAUUUUUUUUUUCUUUUUGUUAACCGUUCGGGUGAAGCGAUCAUAAGGUAACCUUAGAAGCUAGCUCACCACAAAUUCGACACCCACAGUGAGCACUGUGUGCUCUAUAGACUGUAAUUGUUUUUGCACCAGUAUGUUGAUUUACUGCAAUUCCACCAUAGCUAGAUGCUGUGAGAUAUUCUCAACUAAAACUCGUGGUAUUCAAUUAUGUAUUAUUUAUGUGCCUUGCUUGAAAAACUGAGGUAGGAGAAUAUUUGGCCUUACCGUUCUUUCGUUAGGUUCUUCCAAUCCAAAUUUCUAUCUCUUUAUUUGCUAAGCUGUUCCCGUGUAAGGUGGCGAGCCAUUUGCUGUUCUUAUCCUGCGUUAAGAAUCCAAUGUUCCCUUUAAAACUGCGACGCACUGCAGAAAGCAACGUAUGACUCUUUUUAACACAUCAUUUGUAUAUUUCCUAUUUAUUUUCAGCAGUUUUCCACGGCUUCAGUGCUGAAUAGCUAAAAUGAACAAUUCAACAUCCGGGACCUCUCAAGCGAUUAACCAUCUCUGGGUCAUUACGUGGUGUGCGAUAUACGGGAUCGUAGCAGCGGCUACCGUCAUAGGCAACUCCCUAACAAUCGCAGUGUUCUCAAAAAAGAAACUUCCACGCAAAUUCGGCGGUUAUUUCAUAAUAAAUCUAGCAGUGGCUGACUUGAUGGUGGGAGCUUUGGCUUUGCCAAUGUAUAUAUACUUUGUCUACGCCUUCAGUUAUUUUCCAGAAAGAAAUAUCGUGACUUUUCAACAAGUCUACACAGUGGUAGACGUCUUCACUGGUCUAACGUCAGUGUUUACCAUGGCUUCUAUCGCCCUAGAAAGGCUUUAUGGCGUACUCUACCCAAUCCAAUACCACUGGAGAGGUAAAAGAGUUUAUUUUGUCACCAUUAUCGCGAUGUGGGCUAUUUCCGCCACCGCGUCCAUUGUGUACAUUUUAAGCACUCGAAGCCUUCUUUACUUACUGCCUGAAGCAACUUUCAUUUAUUACCUGACUGUCAUCUCGGUGUUAUCUGUUCUUGUCAUCUGCGCCGCCUACGUUGUCUUUGGUCUGCGUGUUCACUUUUGGAACAAAAGUAAAAUGGAGAUGGUUGCGUCGAAACAGGAGAAACGACUAGCCGCUGCGUUAUUCAUAGUGACGGUAGUGUUUGUUUUAACAUGGACUCCAUUUCACGUCAUGAACAUUCUUGUUAACUUUACAAAGUCGUUUUUGUUCAGGAUGCCGGUAGAUCUUGUUCUCUUUGGAAAGUUACUUCAUUACAGUAAUUCCCUUGCUAAUCCCGCCAUUUACUGCUUUAAAAUCCCCGAGUUCAGAAUUGCUAUAAGACUCAUGUUUUGUAAAAACUGGGUCAGAGAGACUCGGGUGUGAUUUCGUAAGUGGAAUAAUGACUGACAGAUCUGGAUAACGUUGAGCCUCUUAACAGAAAUGAUGAUUUGAAUGGCUUGAAAGCUACUCUAGUAGAAGUCUGCGCUUUAAUUUCAAGGCCCACACCCCUCGUAGAGGGUAACAAGGAUCUACAGAGACGACCUCAUUUGUCCCGUAGACUAGUGCACACUCCAAAGUCUUUGUAAGAUUGCCAUUUCAGUGAUGGGUUUCAUGGAAUAAGGAGGUGGGCGGCAAUUUUCUUAAUUAGGACAGUCUUAUGGCGUAACUUUUUAUUCGGAACAACGACAACACCACUAAGGGUAGAUUACGGGAAAAAAUGGCACUGAUCCAGGGGGUGGACCCAGAGUAGUUUAAGAGAUUUCCAGAAAUCACUCAAAUGUUUCAAAUCUCUCAGAAUGCAGGAAAAUUGCAUUCUGAGGCAACUAAAUUUCAAUUUUUCUUGGGGGACCAUGCCCCCAAACCUCCCUAGUUAAGUUGGUGCAAAUCACUCGUGUAAAAACCUGGAUCCACCCCUGCUGAUCUGUGACGUGAGAUCAAUCUGACCGCGGGUUUUGCGUGCUUGACGAGGAAAGAAGCGACGCGUACUUUGCUCACGUUGGGAAAACCUCCAUAAACUACGCAAGGCUACAAUUCUGUUUUCAAAGAGUUGAUUAACUAGCCAACGUUUCGUGCAACUCAGUUGAUUCGCAAAAUUUUGCUCCGUCAUUGUGUGGCAUUAGACUGCUGCCUAAAGUAACACCCCUAGAUAGAAUUUUAAAGUUUACUACAUCGUUGCCGUGGUCUCUAUGAGACGUGUAGGUGACAAGAACAUUUACUAGCAAUAAUGUCUCGCCCAGGCACGCAUCAUAAGAGUGACCUGACAUACACUUGCCCGAGGCGUUGUUAGGAGGACUGUGAAUUCGAAGAUCAAGCGAUGAUAAAGUUAGUGGAACAUCAUCUGUGGUAGAACACGAGCAACCCAUCUCUUUUCUAGGUUCGUCAAAGGCGACUUGAAGGACAACGAGAAAAAAUGGGUGGCUUUCCGUAAUCUAAAUCCGAGGGGACCGAUUCACAGAACUAUGCGAUCUCAGAAAGCAGACGAAGAUUUAACUAACAUCACAUAAUACCAUGCUGAUUGUUUUAAUAAAGGAAAAACUGCAAUGGUGUGAGUAUUGUUCAUCUGAAUUGUGUUUACUCAGACAGGAAAUGAAAUCAACCGCCAUGAAAGUACAAACGUAAGCGACUCAAAAGAAUUCUACGCUGACUGAUUAAUCUUAAAAUUUGCAUAAGUUUUACCGCAAGACGAAAAAAACAGAA